AUGCCCAGAGGGGGUCUGGGUGGCAUUGGGCUGUCCCACGGGGAGCGGUUCCCUUUGGGAACAACAAGGUAUUCCCAGUUUGCUGUUCCUGAGCUGGUGGCAGCUUUGGUGCUGGGAGUGGGGACAGAGCUGGGAGGGAAUGGAGGGCACCUUCAUGCUGGUGGUGGGCAGCUCUUCAUUUCAUCACAAUGCUGGCUGGAGCGAGUGUUGGUGGGAUCACCAACUCUGGCAAUGGAAUCCCCAGAAUGCUGUUUGCCCCAAACAGUCGCCUUGGUGACAGAACCCCCAGAAUGCUGCCUACCCCAAACAAACCCCAAACUGGCCAAGCACCAUGGCAGGUACAGCAGCAGGCCCCCAUUCCUCCAGGGAGUCCUGCCCUCCAGUUAUCCCCAACUAGCUACGCCCCCCAAUAUCUCACCUCAUCACCCCUUUCUGCUUCCCCCAACAGAGAGGUUCCCUCUCCAGGUGACAGUGUUGAAGGUGGCCAGCGUGAGCUUCGCUGCCCUCGCCAGGCCAGCCCUGGGAGCUCCCUGGGAGCUGCCCUCUGUCCCAGGGCUGCCACUGUACUCUGGCCCUGUCCAGCUCCAAACCAGCACCCACCAGUUGGUCCCAGCCACCGUCAGGCAGGAGGUCCCAGGGCCUCUGGGGGCCCCGGGGCAGGUGUUAUCACUUUCCCCUGUGGUGCAGCUUCCCUGGCCAGUGCAGCUGCCUCCCUGUCCUUCUGCCUAUGGCUGGGGACAGCAGCUGGUGACGGGGGCACUUCUGCCCCACCAGCCAAGGGCUGUGUUCCAUGGAGAGCCCCUGUACCCCACGGGCUCUGGUGUGUUGUGUGUCCACCACCGACCUGCCCUGGCAGGCAGAACCACGAUGGAGCCCGAAGUGGUUACCACCCCUGGUCCAAGGAAGCCCACGGAUCUGCCUGAGGAGGGACCAGCCACCAGCACAGAGGCCAUUCCUGAGCAGGCAGAGGACAUCACCCACCACCACCUGCUCACCCAGCCUGAAACCCCAGUGGGUGAGGACACCAUUGUCAAUGCCCCCACAGCCCCACCUUGAGUGACCUCCUGGACGACCUCUUUGAGUACCUGGCGGACAGUGGCUGCCCUGAGGAACAAGUGGAGGUGGCUCAAGAGGACAGCGAGGACACCGCCUUGGCCGCCAACGCCCCCAGCCUGACCGCCGAGGACCUCGAUGAGCUCCUCGAGUUCUGUGAAUGCCUGCUGGAAGAUGACUGUCCCAAGAAGCCAGCAAUGGAGGCACAGCAAAGGAACAGCGAGGAUGCCGUACCCACCACCCCCAACUUGACCCCCUCCCUCAGCCCACCCAGUGACCCCCGGCCUCCCUUGCCCCGCGUGGCCCAGCUGGGGGAGGAGGCAAUGCAGAAGCAGCCCCAGGUUGUUAAGAACCACUUGCAGCUGCCACCAGGCAUCGCCACCAUCCAGGCAGACCCCAAAACGAGAGAGGUGGCAGCAGCCAGGCCCCGUGCUCGGCGCCAGCCAGCCCCUCCACGGAACAAGGGACCUCCCCGCAGGGCCACAUCCCGGCCCAGGAAGAGGCGACGACAGCGGUGACGCAGCACCCAGACCAGAAGACACCCUGAGCCAGUGA